AUGCAAGUCUUCCCCCUCCACCACAUUCGUCCUUCUAACUCCCCUCCAACUCUUUCUUCAUUUAACGAUGUUUCGUCGUCGUUUAUUUCCAUUGUUCUUUCUUUCUUUCUUUCUUUCUUUCUUUCUUUCUUUCUUUCUUUCUUUCUGUUCAUUCUUUCUUUUUCGUUCCUUUUUUCCUUCCACUAUCUUUCCAAUAUCCCUUCUUUCCUAAUUUUCUUCUUUCUUUUCUUCCUUCCUUUCUGCUUUCCUUCCUGCUAUAUUUCUUUCUUUCUUUCUUUCUUUCUUUCUUUCUUUCAAUUCAUUCUCUCUUCCUUCCUUUCUCCCUUCCUUCCUUUCUCCCUUCCUUCCUUUCUCCCUUCCUUUACUCCUUCUUUCCUUACAGCUUUCCUUCUACUAUCUUUCCUUCAUUCAUUCAUUCAUUCAUUCAUUCAUUCUUUCUUUCCUUCCUAUCUGUAUUAUUUAUUUCCUUUUCUUCUUCUUUUUUCUUUCCGUCCUUCUUUCCUUUACUCCUUCUUUCCUUACUGCUUUCCUUCCUACUAUCUUUCCUUCAUUCAUUCAUUCCUUCUUUCUUUCUUUCUUUCUUUCUUUCUUUCUUUCCUAUCUGCAUUCUUUAUUUCCUUUUCUUCUUCUUUUUCUUUCCUUCCUUCCUUUACUCCUUCUUUCCUUACUGCUUUCCUUCCUACUAUCUUUCUUUCUUUCUUUCUUUCUUUCCUAUCUGCAUUCUUUAUUUCCUUUUCUUCUUUUUUUUUUCCUUCCUUCUUUUCUUUUACUUCUUUCCUUUACUGCUUUCCUUCCUACUAUCUUUCCUUCAUUCAUUCCUUCUUUCUUUCUUUCUUUCUUUCUUUUUUCUUUCUUUUUUUUUUUUUCUUAUCUGCAUUCUUUAUUUCCUUUUUCUUCUUCUUUUUUGUCUUUUUCUUCCUUCCUUUACUCCUUCUUUCCUUACUGCUUUCCUUCCUACUAUCUUUCUUUCUUUCUUUCUUUCUUUCCUAUCUGCAUUCUUUAUUUCCUUUUCUUCUUUUUUCUUUCCUUCCUUCCUUUACUCCUUCUUUCCUUACUGCUUUCCUUCCUACUAGCUUUCCUUCGUUCCUAGUUCGUUUUCUUCUAUCUUCUCCCCACCAGCUAUGGGUUAAACAGUAG